UAGAAUAAAAAGAGGGGAAGUUGGAAGCAUUUCUGAAGAGAGUGAAAUGAGACUGUUAUGUGGGUGUGAUGAAGAAGAGGAAGAGUUAAGCCGACAGGAAGCGCCGGGAGCCUGCCCGCAAUGUGGCGGCAAAGUCGCCACCGUGGACUGUGCACACAAAUGGAGGUUUUGCUUCAUGCCGAUUUGCAAUAUCACCAAAAGAAGAUACAUAUGUACACUUUGUUCCAAACGAUUGGUCUUCAUGUACUCUUAAUUACCUAUUUUUAUCUUGUACCACUGGUUGCAUCUUUUUAUGCCAAUUAGACUGGUUCUUCAAA